CUCGGGUGCGCGAUGGCCGCGGAGCUGGGCGGAGCUGCUGUGCAGCUCCUGGGUCCGGUCCUCAGGCCUGAGACAUGGCCCGGGGUCCUGGCCCGUUAGGCCGGCCUCGUUCCGACACAGUAGCCAUGCCCAAGAGAGGGAAACGACUCAAGUUUCGGGCUCACGACGCUUGCUCUGGUCGAGUGACAGUUGCGGAUUAUGCCAACUCGGAUCCGGCCGUCGUGAAGUCUGGACGGAUCAAGAAAGCCGUCGCCAAUGCUGUCCAGCAGGAAGUAAAAUCUCUUUGUGGCUUGGAAGCUUCUCAGGUUCCGACAGAAGAAGCUCUUUCUGGGUCUGGUGAGCCCUGUGACAUCAUCGACAGCAGUGAUGAGAUGGAUGCCCAAGAGGAAAGCAUUUAUGAGAGAACAGUUUCCAGAAAAAAGAAAAGCAAGAGGCACAAAGAAGACCUGGACAGGGCUGGAGGAGAAGAGUAUCCCAUGGAUAUUUGGCUCUUGCUGGCCUCCUACAUCCGUCCUGAGGACAUUGUGAAUUUUUCCCUGAUUUGUAAGAAUGCCUGGACUGUCACUUGCACUGCUGCCUUUUGGACCAGGUUGUACCGAAGGCACUACACGCUGGAUGCCUCUCUACCUUUGCGCCUGCGACCAGAGUCAAUGGAAAAGCUGCGCUGUCUCCGGGCAUGUGUGAUCCGAUCUCUGUACCAUAUGUAUGAGCCAUUUGCUACUCGAAUUUCCAAGAAUCCAGCCAUUCCAGAAAGUACUCCCAGCACGCUAAAGAAUUCCAAAUGCUUGCUUUUCUGGUGCAGAAAGGUUGUUGGGAAUAGACAGGAACCAAUGUGGGAAUUUAACUUCAAGUUCAAAAAACAGCCCCCUAGGUUAAAGAGCAAGUGUAUGGGAGGAUUGCAGCCACCCAUUCAAUAUGAAGAUGUUCACACCAACCCAGACCAGGACUGCUGCUUGCUGCAGGUCACCACUCUCAAUUUUAUCUUCAUUCCAAUUGUCAUGGGAAUGAUAUUUACCUUGUUUACUAUCAAUGUGAGCACGGACAUGCGGCACCAUCGAGUGAGACUAGUGUUCCAGGAUUCUCCUAUCCGUGGUGGUCGGAAACUGCGCAGUGAACAGGGCGUGCAAGUCAUCCUUGACCCAGUGCACAGCGUUCGGCUCUUUGACUGGUGGCACCCUCAGUAUCCGUUCUCCCUAAGAGCAUAGUUAUUGUGACCUAUACCCCGGGGGCUGCCCUGAACUAGGCCUGUCCAUUAGUAUUUGGCAGCUGAUUGUGUGUGUGGUUAGUAAUGCACAAGCUCUUCAGUUUCCAGGGGCUUCUGUGUGGUGAGAAGAGGGGUUGAAUCAAGAGAAAUAUCAAUUGAUUUAUAAAUGUAUUUUCAUCUACAGAAUUGCAUUUGAAAGGAGAAAUCUGGGCCUAUUUUCUAUGUUAAAACCACAUUUGGUGCUAUUGAGUUUGUUGUUCUUUAUUCUUUUAUCCCAGUGAAAAUGGAUGGGCUUGCUUUAGGGAGAAACUAAAUUCUUGACUCUCUAAAUAAGGAAGUUUCCCCAUUCCCUUAUGGAUCAAAGGCCUAAAAUUGUUGUUGUUGUUGCUUCUAAUUUAGCUGCUUAUUAAAUCCAAGUGAUUCUCCCUAUACCCUUCUCCAGAAAUAAAGUAGGUGAUAGGGUUUUCAGAAUCUUAAAAA